UCCUUUUGCUCUGCGGCGCAAAGUGUCGUCGUCGUCGUCGUCGUCGUCGAACCUCCUGCUUUGACGCUCUUCUAUCCUGCUCUCGAGACUACAUCCAUCGCAUCCUGUCUCUACUCUCACAUCCUCUCCCUCACCACCAUCACCACCAUGGCCACGCCCAUCGAGCUGCAAUGGCGCGGCACCUCAGCUCCACGUGCUAAACGCAUAUCGCCCCAAGAGUGGGAUCAGCACCGAGCCGAGAUCACCCAGCUGUACCAGUCAAUGACCCUGCGCUGCCUGAUGGAGACGAUGAAGAACAAAUAUGGCUUUACGCCUUCACGGCGACAAUAUGUCUUUCAGUUUGAAAAGUGGGAUCUGCAAAAGCCCGGUAGGAACCAGUCGUCGGCCACUCUGGCAGAUCGCGCGGGGCACAGCCAGUCUCCAAACAUCAUCACGCCCGGUGCCAGUACUACCUAUACUACCUAUAAUAACACCACCACCACCACCACCACUACUACUACUACUUCCCCGCCAACCGCCUCCGAACCAACUCCAACUCCCCAUCACUUUCAGCACUUUCUCGACGAAGAGGGUCCUGACAAACGUCCACGGAGUAUCCAGAGCUCGACGGGCUCCACCUCGACUGCUGGUCCGACCAAGAAGAAGCAGCGGGAUGGCGAUCGGCAGUGGGACGAUGGCGACGCCUCUAUCAAAUACCACUCGCCAGACCGCUCGCAAUUCGGCACCCAUUCACCGCCGCUGCCCACCGACGAUUCGAGUCAGUCGCGCCGGCCAAGCAUUGUCCCAAAGCCGGACCCGGAUUCGCAUUAUGCCCGUCUGAGCGCCGGACGGUCAACCUCGAGUUCGAGCUCAAAGUCCGUCAAAGGCGACCAGGACGUGACUGGUGGUCUUCCGCCCGUUGCCGAGCACACCGAGGAAACAUUCACCUUUGCCGAGUUUGGUCGCCUCAGCCUGGACGUGCCGUCAAUCGCGCGAGACAUCGCUCGGCCGUUUGAUACCAAUCGCCUCAUCGAAGACUACACCGAAGAGGACAUUCGCAACAUUAUCCAGGUCGCCCAGUUCCUCGACGCCUUCCAGCUCAACGAUGCCGUCUUUUCGCUCUACACGAUCGUCAUCAAGUGGCAUGUCGCGCGCUGCCAUAACCCCGCACAGGACCGGAAAACGUUCUGGUCAACCCUGAUCUACGGCCGCAAUGUCUACCUGGAGACACAUUGCGAGAUUAUUCGCAGUCUGCUAAACCAAGUCUCGGCCGAGAGCUCGUUCGAGGACGAGGAGACUGGUGUGCGAUAUUCUCGACUCGCCGCGUUGGAGAUGUUCCUCAUCGACAUGACCAUCGCCAUGACCACGAUCCGCAGCCACGGACUCGACUUUGAAACGACAAAGGAAAACCGUCACAUGAAUCGCGCUCGCCAGCGCGGGAAAGCCACGGAUUUCUUCGCCCAGCUGCCCAACAGCGAUCGCACUCUUGACCUUCUGACCUAUCACCUGGUCUGGGUCUGCGAACUCGACUGGAGCACCUGGUACGCUUUUGCCUUUCCGUCUUCGGCUGUAGAGCAGGCUCGCGAUGAUGUCAUCCUGCAUCGCAUCCCCGGCCCGUUUGAACUCAAGGAUGGCAUCAUGGGCGUGCCUUGCCUCCGCUCGUGCCUGGAAUGGUGCACAAUCGAGUUGGAAGACAUGAGCUCGUCGGCGAGGGACGGAGGCAAGGUUGGCAAUGGCGCAUUCCCGUCGAGCGGCGAAAAGUCGCUGUUCUUAUUCGCAACGCUAUGGGAACGCCUUGUUGCGCUCGACUUCAAGCCGGACAAUGCCAUGACGCAAAGCUGGAUCACCGACACCGAGACGCGCAUGGGCAUAUCGCCAACCGAGCUGCUCAUCUCGGUCUGCACCAUGAUUGGCAAAGAUAGCAACUCGGCCCUCUCUGCGCUUUCGGGGUCGUCGAAACGUGUCAAGAACAUGUACAAGAGCUCGAAGAAGUUGACGGAGAAGGACGACUACAGUCUAGGCCGGGUGUUUCUGAGAGAGUUUGCCUAUCGCAGAUCUUCAGGUCUGCUGUUCACGAACCAGGCCUUUCAGCAAAAGGGCAUCAAGGAAGCCGCCUUUGAGAUUGUCGAGCGAACGUUCAAGCUCAAGAUUCCCGAAACCAACAAGCCGGUCAAGGAAAAGUCGCGCAAGUCUCAGGACAAGAAACCGACAGAGAUGCCUCCUCCCAUGUCCAGGCCGGCCACCAGCGCUCCUCGCUUCUCCGCCGAGAUACUCAACAAGAAUGACGCGCCGGCCGUCGAGAACAAGCGCAACUCGUUCCACCCCACCCUUGCGUCCUCUCUGGCCUCCUCGAACAGCUCAUUCGACCUUUCGUCCAUGCGCCGGAUGCGGGACCACAUCCGGAAGACGGGCAUGCGGCCGCAACCUGCCGGCCAAGGCCUUCCCUCGAGCGCCAUCCGCGACUCGAUGACUAGCGAUGUCUCCAUUCUUGCCAUGAGCGAGCUGAGCGAUGUGCGGUCGACGCUCAGCUCUAUAGACUCGUCGUCGUCCUAUCACCUUCAGAGUGAGGCCACGGCCACCCCCGAGGCGGAUCCUGACAGGAGGUGAUAUGCGGGUUUUCUGGCGUUCUUUUAUGUGAUUGCUGGGCUUGCGUACAGCCGUUUUGCAGGAUACCCCUCCUUGGCUCUUUUUGUCGACGUCCUGGCGUAUUGAGUCGUCUGGGCUUGUCUUGCAUCCUUUCCAGCAGACGUGGGCCUG